AUGAGUUUUAUCGCUAUUCAAACUAUCGUUAACAAAACGCUGUUAUCCCCACGUCGAUUGGUUUCCUCUGUCGCGACUGUGGACAAUGUGUCCAAUUUUUCCUUCACCAAAAUUGAAACUUUCGCUCCUUUCAAUCCUGUUCGGUUGCUUAAUGAUUUUGUUAAAUUGGGAAACUUCUCUUUGAGAAACACGAAAGUUCUACACGCUAAGUUCCUCCGAGUAACUCCUCGUAUUGAUAUCUAUGUUUCAAAUUCUUUGCUACAUUGUUAUUCAAAGUCUAACGCUAUGGACCAUGCACUCAAACUGUUUGAUACAAUCCUCAACCCAAAUGUUAUUUCUUGGAAUACCAUUAUCACGGGUUUCAACAACAAUUUCUUACAUUUGGACUCGUUGAGAAUAUUUUGCUGGAUGCAUUACCUGGGUUUUAAACCAAAUGAGGUAACAUGUGGGAGUGUUUUAUCUGCUUGUGCUGCCAUUCAAGCCACAAUGUUUGGCAAGCAGGUUUAUUCACUUGCUGUGAGAAAUGGGUUCUUUGAUAACGGUUAUGUUCGAACCGUAAUGAUUGAUUUAUUUGCAAAAGAUUCUAAAUUUUUGGAUGCUCUAAGGGUGUUUCAUGAUGUUGAUUGUGCGAAUGUGGUGUGUUGGAAUGCUAUUGUCUCUGCAGCGGUAACAAAUGGGGAGUAUUUGAUGGCUUUGGAUCUUUUCAACAGAAUGUGUAGUAAAUUUCUGGAGCCUAAUAGUUUCACCUUUUCUAGUGUUCUAACUGCGUGUUCUGCACUUCAAGAUCUUGAAUUUGGGAAAAGUGUUCAAGGGAGAGUGAUUAAAUGUGGUGGAGGAGACGUUUUUGUUGAGACAGCCCUUGUUAGUUUGUACGCCAAGUGUGGGGACAUGGAUGAGGCUGUUAAGAUAUUCUUCCAGAUGCCCAUUCGCAAUGUGGUCUCGUGGACAGUUAUAAUGUCUGGCUUUGUGCAAAAUAAUGAUUAUUUAAUGGUCAUCAAGAUUUUUGAAGAUUUGAGAAAAAUAGGAGAGGAAAUUAAUAGCUACACAGUUACUACCCUGUUAAGGGCAUGUGCUAAUCCAGGCAUGAGAAAAGAGGCAACCCAACUUCACUCCUGGAUUCUAAAAGCUGGUUUUUCUUCACAAGCAGAGGUGGUGGCUGCUUUAAUUAUUAUGUAUUCAAAAAUAGGAGCAAUUGAUCUUUCAUUGAUGGUUUUUAGAGAGAUGGAUAACCAUAGGAAUCUCAGUUCUUGGACAGCCAUGAUAUUGUCACUUGCAAAAAAUAAUGAUAAAGAGGAAGCAAGUGAUUUGUUCCGAAAAAUGUUAAGGGAAAAAAUGGAACCAGAUUCAGUAUGUACUUCCACCCUCUUGAGUUUGACUGACUGUAUUACUUUUGGGAGGCAGAUACACUGCUACACACUUAAAACUGAAUUAAUAUUUAAUGUUUCUGUUGGGAGUUCUCUUUUUACAAUGUAUUCUAAAUGUGGCCAUCUAAAGGAAGCGUUUCAAGUUUUUGAAAACAUGCCAGAGAAAGACAAUGUUUCAUGGACCUUAAUGAUUUCCUGCUUCUCAGAACAUGGCUUUGCAAGAGAGGCCAUUCAAUUAUUUAGAGAAAUGUUGUUUGAAGAAUGUGUACCUGAUGGUACUUCUUUGAGUGCAGUCCUAACUGCAUGCUAUGCCCUUCCUUCAAUUCAAUUAGGCAGAGAAAUUCAUGGUUACUCUAUUCGUGUGGGACUUAGUGAAAAUGUAUCUUUUGGAAGUUCGCUUGUGACUAUGUACUCAAAAUGUGGUAACUUGGCAUUGGCUAGGAGGGUGUUUGAAACAUUGCCCCAGAAAGAUGAUAUUGUGUGCUCUUCAUUGGUUUCAGGAUAUGCUCAACAAAAGUGCAUCAAAGAGGCUCUUUUGCUAUUUCGCAGUCUACUGGUGGCUGGUUUAGCCAUCGAUCCCUUCUCAAUCUCAUCCAUAUUGGGAGGUAUUGCGCUUUUAAAGAGGCCUGCAAUUGGGACUCAAAUCCAUGCACUCAUUGUGAAAGUAGGCUUGGAGAAAGAUGUAUCUGUUGGGAGUUCGCUAGUAAUGGUAUACUCCAGAUGUGGAAGUAUAGAAGACUGCUGCAAAGCAUUUGGGCAGAUUGGAAAGCCCGAUUUGAUAGGUUGGACAUCCAUGAUUGUCAGUUAUGCCCAGCAUGGGAAAGGUGCUGAAGCUUUAUGUGCCUAUGAACUUAUGAAGAAAGAAGGAUUCAAGCCGGAUCCAGUCACCUUUGUUGGGGUUUUGUCUGCUUGUAGCCAUAAUGGUUUGGUCGAUGAAGCCUAUUUCCACCUCAAUUCAAUGGUGGAAGACUAUGGUAUACAACCAGGAUGUCGACAUUAUGCGUGUCUGGUAGAUCUUCUUGGCCGGUGUGGGAAACUGAAAGAGGCGGAAGAACUGAUUAACCAUAUGCCUAUUGAACCUGACGCUCUCAUUUGGGGUACACUUCUUGCUGCUUGUAAAGUACAUGGAGAUAUUGAACUUGGAAAACUAGCAGCAAGAAAGGUGAUGGAGUUGAACCCAGGUGAUACUGGUGCUUAUGUCUCCCUUUCAAACAUCUGUGCUGAUAUGGGAUUGUGGGAAGAGGUCCUGAACGUUAGAAGCCUAAUGAAGGAAGCUGGAGUGACGAAAGAAUCUGGUUGGAGCUUUCUGUGAGGUGCUAUUUUCCGGGUGUUGAUGUUAGGUUACUUUUUUUUCCCCUUUGUUAUAGUUUUGUUCUUUUGGUUUGGAUGUUUUCGGGUCUGGUUCUUUUUGUUAUCUUUUAUAUUGUAUUUCGACUCAUUCCUUUGUAUUUUGAGCAUUAGUCUCACUCAUUAUAGCAAUGAAGAGGCUUGUUUCCGUUAAAAAAAAAACUAUAGGAAUUCAAGUGACAAAAGUUCUAGAAGUGGCAGGUAUCAUUCUCUAUCAAUAAUCAUCAUGAUUUACUGAUCAUUUGACAA